AUGCUUAUAUUAGUCCAUCCUUGGCUCGAGCCAAACUCUGAUACUAUUCUGCCUCGUAAUUUUCGCAAGCAUCACCAACAGCUGUUACAACAAUCUGGUGGAUGCCAAGUUUCCAAUAUGCCUCGAUCAAUGUCUUCUUGGCGUCGAUUUUGGAAUUUGUCGAUCCCAUUGCAAAUUCGGACUCCCUGGUAUCGUCUGUUACAACACAAGUUUCCUUGUGCGUCUAGGAUGCAUAAAUUGCUAGCGUCUUCCUUCUCCUCGGAAUGCCGAUUUUGUCAAAUUCCAAAUGUAGAAGAUGAAAUGCAUUUUAUCCUGUUAUGCCCCAAAAAAUUCGAAGUGUGGGCUCGAGUUUGGCAUCAUUUCUUUGGUGAAUUGGCUUUAACAGUAAAUACUAUGGAGCAAGCAAUAUUUCAUUUACGUUUUCCUCCUCAAAAACUUUCUGCUUUCUCUAAUGAAAGUAUUGUCGGUUGCGCCUUUUGGUGCAUCUGGCGUGCACACUGGAUGUUUAUUUUCAAUGGACAUCCUUUUAUCCCAUCCAAGGUUUUUCGGGCUAUCAUUGGUUGCCUGGAAUCCUUCAAGCAUUAA